UCCCUUCCACCUCGCCUCCCUCCCUCCCUCCCCUCCCCAAGUAUCCACUCCUCUCCUCUCUCGCCUGACUGGCACAGGCACCAGCGCCGAGAGGGGGAGAGGCCAGAGGAGGAGAAGCCGUACGUACGGGGGCGCUCGCUAGGGUUUGCCACGCCGCGCCGCUGACCCCGCGAGGACGUCCCUACCGCCGACGACGCCGCCGCCAUGGCGCGGCGUCACGGGUGGCAGCUCCCCGCCCACACCCUGCAGGUGGUAGCUAUAACGGUGUUCUUCUUGUUGUGUAUAGAAUUCUAUGCUUUCUUUUCACCAUUUCUUGGGAAGGACUUGUAUCAAUUUAUCGCAAUAGGUGUUUAUAGUUUUCUGGCCUUAUCAGUACUGAUUCUAUAUGUAAGAUGUACUGCUAUUGAUCCUGCUGACCCUGGAAUCAUGAUUACUGUCAACGGUGCUCUAACCUAUAAGUCAGAAGCAAAAUUAGACACACAAGACGAAACGGGCAAAUCAGAAUCGAGAACCUAUGAGGAUGUCCAAAAGCACAAAUCAUGUUUAGGAGCUGGUUGUUUGUGUUGUGCUAUAUUUGUGAAAGAGGAUUGUCGCAAAGAUGACGAAGCUUACCAACAAGAAGAUUAUGAUGAAGAGGCACUCUUUUGCACCCUUUGCAAUGCAGAGGUGCGGAAAAAUAGUAAACAUUGUCGGAGUUGUGACAAAUGUGUUGAUGGUUUUGAUCAUCAUUGCCGGUGGCUGAACAAUUGUGUUGGAAGAAAAAACUAUGUCACAUUUCUGUGCCUUAUGGCUGUGAGCCUUGCUUGGCUUGCUGUUGAGUCCGGAGUUGGUAUUGCUGUUUUUGUCCGUUGCUUCACUGACAAAGCAGCUAUUGAAGAUCAGAUAGGGGAAAAGCUGGGGUAUGGUCUUUCACGAGCACUCUUUGCAGCUAUUGGGGCCCUGGGUACAGCUCUUUCAAUGCUUGCUUCAGUGCCACUUGGGGAGCUAUUCUUCUUCCAUAUGAUAUUAAUCCGGAAGGGCAUCACAACUUAUGAAUAUGUUGUGGCAAUGAGGGCUCAGAGUGAACCUCCUGGUCCUUCUGUCAAUGAUGAACAACAAAGCCUGCCAUCAUCUCCCAUGAGUUCUGCACCGACUGCUUUCAGUGGGAGCUCAUUUGCACGGCACUACAAAGGUGCGUGGUGCACUCCACCACGCAUAUUUAUUGACCAGGAUGAAAUCAUCCCACACCUGCAACCUGGACGAGUGCCUUCAACUGUUGAUCCUGAUAGCAUGAACCCGACUGAAAGAGCCAAACAUUAUCCUAAACGUCCCGUGCGCAUUAGCGCAUGGAAGCUUGCAAAACUGGAUUCAAACGAGGCCAUGAAAGCAGCAGCAAGAGCCAGAGCCUCUUCAUCUGUGCUUAAACCGGUCAAUACCCGUGCCCAAUACGAGGCAGACCGGUGUUCCAGUGAUAAUACCAGCUGCAGAAGCAGUGUCAUGAGUGUUGAUAUUGGAAACCACAUCAACAGUCGGUCUGUCCGGAAUUCUCAAUACAAGUCCUCUUAUCCACCCAGCAGAGCAAGUGCAGAUGACAUUGAGCUGUAUCCCCAGACACCAAGUAGCUUUCAAAGCAACUCUCAGACUCCAACACCGAUUUCAGAGCACCAUCCUGCAAAGCAUUUCAAUCCAAUUUAUCAGACAUCAGCAAACAGGUCUCCAUUCUCAGCAGUAGCAAGUGGUGUCAAUGAAGCGUCUGUCUCAGAUAUCAGCACAAGGAGGUUUGGUGCAUCGAACGCAGACAGAUCUUCUCGUUCAUCUGUUUACUGGGAUCAGGAAGCUGGCCGCUUCGUCUCUUCCCAGGCAAACCAUGGAUCCAGCUCUCGUUUGCCCCGUAGUGACCUUCUUUACACUGGACAGUCUAUAUUCUUUGGUGGACCUCUGAUGACAGAUCCUGCAACAAGAAGUUUCAGAGAUCCUGGCGGUUCGAGCCAACGCGCUGGUGCUUCUCGGCCGCAUCAGCUCCCCGUGUUCGUUCCUAGUGAUCCCCAGAAAGAUCGUUUCUCUAGGCUACCUUGAAAUAAACUCUUUUUUGGAGUAGUCUUCUGAAACAAUUGUUGCUCUGUUGGUUUAUUCAAUGUAUAGUUCUUACAUCAGAUCGAUCGUAGGCUAUGAUUUUCUUUUUGAUAUUCAGGUGGAAACUGAGAUUAAUUUAGGUAUUGAUGAUUUUUAAUACAAAAUCAUGCAAAGUCUUCUGUUCAUAAGGAAAAAGAGGAUCAGAAGAAUUUGCCAGACUA